AUGACCGUGACCAUGGCUGACAUCAACAACGGUUAUGAACAGAAGUUCCAGAUGGACAGACAUCAUAAAGAGAUUGACCUGAUCAACAGAGACCCCAAGCAAGUCAAUGAGGAUGUAGUGAAGGUGGACUUUGAGGACGUGAUCGCUGAGCCUGACGGGACUCACAGUCUGGACGGGGUGUGGAAGGCCAGUUACACCACCUUCACUGUGUCCAAAUACUGGUGCUACCGUAUCCUGUCUGCCAUUUUGGGGAUCCCCAUGGCUCUACUGUGGGGCUUCCUAUUUGCCUGCCUCUCCUUCUGCCACAUCUGGGCUGUGGUGCCUUGCAUUAAGAGCUGCAUGAUAGAGUCCCAGUGUUUCAGCCGUAUCUACUCCCUGGCCAUACACAUCUUCUGCGACCCGCUAUUUGAAGCCCUGGGAAAGAUAUUCUCAAGUGUUCGGGUGGUGCUACAGAAGGAUGUGUAA